AUGUUCAUCGCUUCUCACCAUCCGCCCGCCUUGGCGCACGGCGACACCGCCAAGUCUUCCCUUUUCCGCGCGACGUCGCGAGGCGGCGUCGCAGCCGGCGCGAUCGCGAGAGGGGAGUACCACGAGUCGUCCUCGAACAACCGCGAGCGCGACAGAGACCGAGACCGAGACCGCGACCGAGACCGCGACAGAGAUCGCGACAGAGACAGGGAGUACAGCGCCUCGCGCAGGCACCGGGAGCGUGACGCGCGCGGGGAGACCAGGGAUCCGCGCGACAGGAAGGACAAGAAGAAGCUCGGGACGCUCGGCGCCAUGGGCAUUGGUGGUGCGGCGGGCAGUUUGCUGAGCGUCCUCACCGAGGCGGCCAACGGCGCGGGGUUCUAA